AUGAUCAUUACAACAUGGAUUGUGUACAUUCUUGCUCGCAAAGGUGUGGGGCUCUCCUUCCCACCAAAAACCAGUUUGGAUGUUGAAGUUGUGGAAAGUGAGGCUGUGUCUGUGGUACAGCACUGGUUGAAAAGAACUGAAGAAGAAGCUUCUCAGGGCAUAAAGGAGAAGAUGUUCAGCAACUCCCCAUCCAUCCAUGGCAAAGAUACACACAUGACCAGAGAUGUGGAAAAACAACGUUUUUCAAAGUCUGAGUUGUUAACAAACCAGAGUCAAGAUGUCCUGGAGGAGAGAACUAGAAUCCAGUUCAUAAGAUGGAGCCAUACCCGUAUCUUCCAAGUUCCAAGUGAGGUGAGAGAGGAUGCUAUGCGGGAUCGGAUAGAGCAAGUGAGACGAAGCAUAUCACAGCUGACUGUUAAUUCUUCUCAAGAUCCAUGUAUCAAGUCUUCCUAUUUUGCCUGCUAUGAGUGA